AUGUCGUCGUCCGCAUCAGGCUGGAUUAGCCGCUCCAGCAGCAACAAUGCCAACAUGCGAGGCCUGGUGCAGUUCAUUGCCGAUUUGCGAAACGCGCGUGCCCGUGAGCUGGAGGAGAAGCGCAUCAACAAGGAGCUGGCCAACAUCCGGCAAAAGUUCAAGGACGGCAACCUCAGCGGCUACCACAAGAAGAAGUAUGUCUGCAAGCUGCUGUACAUCUACAUCCUGGGGUGGAAUGUCGAUUUCGGACACCUCGAGGCCGUCAACCUGAUUUCCGCCAAUAAAUACUCGGAGAAGCAGAUUGGCUAUCUGGCCAUGACGCUGUUCCUGCAUGAGAAGCACGAGCUGCUCCACCUUGUGGUCAAUAGCAUUCGCAAGGACCUUCUCGACCACAAUGAGCUCUUCAACUGUCUUGCUCUGCAUGCCAUUGCCAACGUCGGAGGUCGCGAAAUGGGAGAAGCUCUCAGCGGAGAAGUACACCGGUUGCUCAUCUCGCCAACUUCGAAAUCGUUUGUCAAGAAAAAGGCCGCUCUGACCUUGCUGCGACUGUACCGAAAGCACCGGGACAUUGUACAGCCUCAGUGGGCCGAACGAAUCAUCCAUCUCAUGGACGACGACGAUCUGGGUGUUGCGCUGUCCAUUACCUCUCUUGUCAUGACUCUGGCUCAGGAUGACUUGGAGCAGUACAAGGGCGCCUAUGCCAAAGCUGCUGCUAGACUUAAGCGCAUCCUCAUCGAUGGCGAGUACACCACCGAUUAUCUGUAUUACAAGGUUCCAUGCCCUUGGCUUCAAGUUAAGCUUCUGCGGCUUCUGCAGUACUUUCCUCCUUCAGAGGAUACGCACGUGCGUGAGCUGAUUCGAGAGUCUCUGCAAAAGAUUCUCAACCUCGCCUUGGAAUCAAGCAAGAACGUGCAGCAGAACAAUGCUCAAAACGCGGUUCUCUUUGAGGCCAUUAAUCUCAUCAUCCACUUGGAUACCGAGCAGGACUUGAUGAAGCAAAUCUCCUCUCGCCUAGGACGCUUUAUCCAGAGCAGAGAGACCAAUGUUCGAUAUCUUGGUCUCGAAGCCAUGACCCAUCUUGCCGCGAGAUCUGAAAAUCUUAUUCCGAUUAAGCAGCACCAGGACAUUAUCCUCAGCUCUCUCAAGGACCGCGAUAUUAGCGUUCGCAGAAAGGGUCUCGAUCUCCUCUAUAGCAUGUGCGACUCGACGAAUGCCCAGGUCGUUGUUGGCGAGCUUCUGCAGUUCCUUCAGAGUGCGGACUUUGCCAUCCGUGAGGAGAUGGUUCUUAAGAUUGCCAUUCUUACGGAAAAGUAUGCCACUGACGUCCAGUGGUAUGUCGACAUAUCUCUGCGGCUGAUUGCCAUGGCUGGUGAUCAUGUUAGCGACGAAGUGUGGCAGCGAGUGAUUCAGAUUGUUACCAACAACGAGGAGCUCCAGGUUUAUGCCGCUCAGACCGCUCUUCAGCACAUCAGAGCCGACAUCUGCCACGAGACGUUGGUCAAGAUUGGCGCCUACAUUCUUGGAGAGUUUGGCCAUCUCAUUGCUGAUCAGCAGCGGUGCAGCCCCAUUGAGCAGUUCCUGGCCUUGCAGCGAAAGUUGUCGGGAUGUUCAUCGAGCACGCGCGCCAUGAUUCUUUCCUGCUUCAUCAAAUUUGUCAACUUGUUCCCGGAAAUCAAGCCUCAGCUUGUUCAUGUUUUUGAAAUCUACAGCCACACUCUGGAUUCCGAACUGCAGCAGAGAGCUUGUGAGUAUCUGAAACUGGCGACGCUGCCGACGGAUGAUCUCCUGCGAACAAUGUGCGACGAGAUGCCGCCAUUCCCCGAACGAGAGUCCGCCCUCCUCUCUCGCCUGCACCAGAAGCACGCCGGCACCAGCGACCGGAGGACAUGGGUUGUCGGCGGCAAGUCUGCCAAUACCGAGGCGGAGCUCAACAUGGCCAAACCCGGCGGUCUUAAGAGGACAUUUAGUUCUGCUGUUCCGCUCAACGGGAACAAGGCCAACGGUGUCAACGACAUGAGCUCGCCAACAAGCGAGCAAGGGCCGAAAAAGGUGCCCAACCUUGCCAGCGCUGCUCAUCUGUCUCCCGGGUGGGAGAAGGGCUUCAACAGGCUCCUGCUCAAGGCUGAGGGUGUCUUGUACGAGGAUGCCCAGGUGCAGAUUGGCGUCCGGUCCGAGUACCGUGGACAGAUGGCCUGCAUCAUUGCCUAUUUCCGAAAUAAGAAUCCAGGGACCAUCACGUCCUUCACCACGACGCUGGAUCUUGACGAGAGCGAAAAGGGCCAUCUCACAUGGGAUGUAAAGGGUCUCCCCGAGAGCACUCUUGGCCAAGGCUCGCAGACACAGCAGGUCAUCAUGUUUGAAGCCAAGAAGGUGUUUGAUAAGAGUCCCACGAUGCGAGUCAGCUACUUGGCUGGUGCGCUGCAGGCACUCACACUGAAGCUCCCCGUCACCAUUCACAAGUUUAUGGACCCUGCGGAGCUUUCUGCUGAGGACUUCUUCAAGCGGUGGAAGCAGAUUGGUGGCGGUUCCCGAGAGGCUCAGGGCAUUUUUGGUCUCUCUGGCGGCAAGAACAGCGCUAGGGAACUCACCGAGAAGUUCGUGGCCUCGACGGUCGAGGGCUUUAGAUGGCGCCUCCUUGACCUGGUUGACCCUAACCCUAAGAACGUUGUCGGCGCCAGCGUGCUUCAUACCUCGGAGGGCGGCAAGUUUGGCUGUCUCAUGCGACUGGAGCCCAAUUACGGCACUCAGAUGAUUCGGUUAACGAUCCGAGCCACCGAUGAGUCGGUUCCCCAGGUUCUUCUCAAGCUCAUGCAAGAGCGACUGUCCGUCGGAGUGUCAACGAUGCCCGAGAGAUACGACCCCCCAACACGACAAGACAUCUCUGACGCUUUUGGGAGUGUAAUGGUUAACUAA